CCUGUUCACUUUGGUAUUGCUUAUUAAGAGUCCUUGAAGUAAAAACUGAAUUUCAUGUCUGGUUCUGGUGGAUACUGGAUAGUGGUGUUGGUGUGAUUUGAGUCAUCAUCGAUAUUUAGCUGGGGCAUCAGUUAGUAUUCGUUUUCUUUCCAAAAUGGAUGAGUUCAGGUGCAAGAUUUGUUCUAUAUACAUGUUUAUAGGUGGACGUUUACCAAAAGUAUUGAGAUGUGGCCACACCAUUUGUUCAUUUUGUGUGUUUUACCUGGUCAGUGAGGGUAACCUCACUUGUCCAUUCUGUAAAGCUUUCCAUCGUGUGCUGCAAGCUGAAAGUGUCCCUUAUAAUCACAUGGUUAUCAACAUACUCACUUCUCAGGCUGCUAGAGCCCUAUCAGCCACCUUUAAAUCACCGUACAGAAGCAGUUAUGAAUCUGAGAGCUCAGGCACAAGGUCCCAUACCUGAAACAACUGUAAAUGCAGGAUUUUGCAUUGAGCAUGGCCUUCCAUGUGAUCACUAUUGUAUUAAAUGUAGGGUGUGGAUCUGUGAGGAUUGUACAUUGUUCAACCAUCCGCAUAAAACUUGCAAUAUGUCCACUAUGCGUUAUUGCUCAGAUCAGCUCAUGAUGAUGGAAGGGGGUAACUCUGGGGAACUCUUUGAUGAAAACAUUACACUUUAUGCUUUGAAGAAAUCAUUUACUAUGAAGUUGCUGAGAAUAUUCAGAAAGCACAUAAUGGAAGUCAGAAUACUUGUUAAUGAGUGUCACAAGGCUUUGAGGGCUCUGGAUCAAGAGAGAUUCUAUAUCAUUUCCACCUUAUCUGAUGCAAGACCAGCUAAAUUUCUAUUACAUGAAGCAAAGGGCAAAUUGAGUGAAGAAUGGGGUCCAGAAGCAUUGUUAGCAACAUGUCGCACGGCAAUAGAAUUAAAAAAUGUUCUUCGGCACUGGUAUGGUAUAGUACCUGUAAAAGGCUCAAAAGUAACUCUGUAUAGUCAAGAGAUUCAGAGAGCCAUUACUGCUACUAUAGCAAUAUUUAAGGGGUUCUUGGAGGUUUUUGCACAUGGACGCUUUACUUUUAACCUCAAAGAUAAGAGCAAUAGAUCAUUGGUGAAACAAUACCUGCCUACACUUACGGCUCUAGUAGUUUAUAAAGAGGACAGCGAUGAUGAGUUUAGCAUAGAAGUAACAGAAGAGAACAAAAUGAGUGAUGAUAAAGAUGAAGGGGAGUUAGCAGCAUCCCAGAAGGUCCCCUCACAGUAGGGGGAACAGGAUCCCCUGUUACCAGCUGUGAACAAACUAAAGAUUUGAUUUCUGGGAGCAAAGGUGGUAGUAAUACGUAGUAGUAGUAGCAUGGAUGAUAGUUAUCAGAACAAGAGAGGGUCAGAGAGCACCGUCUUUAGGUAAACGAUUUGUAUACACAAAUUUUAAAAGAUAAUUUGAUAAAGAAAUGUACAAUUAUUUUACAGUACAGUGAUAAAUUCUUGAUAAAUGAGUAAGGAGUAUGACAAAAUGAUUUAAAACUGUGUGACUAAGGGUGUUUGUAUAGCUGCUGUUUUAGAAUUCAUUAAAUUGCUCGUAAGCAAAUUUUAAAUUUUCAUAACGCGGAGAAUUAAGAUUGCAGUGAAAGUAACAGAAUUAACAAAAAAAUUUAAUGUAACAUUAAGACAAAGCUAGGACUGGACUUAUGUCAGUCUCUUAUUUGCAAAAACAUGGUAAUAGUAGAGAUUUUCUGAUGUUUUCUGCUGUAAUCAAGCCUUUUAAGGUAUGACUGCUAUUUUAGUUGAUUAUGAAUUGUAUUUAAAACUGAUACAGUAUUUAUGAAUUUAAUAAAUUGCAACCAUGUAAGAA